CUAGGCUCAUCUCUUCAUAGAAUUUUGCUUUCAAGCAAAUCACUGUUGAGAUGAAGCUUUGUAGCCUUGGAGUCCUUGUAGCCAUCGUCCUCUUCUAUGAGAAGCAUGUCUUCGCGUUUCAAAGUGGCCAAGUUUUGUCUGCCUGUCCUAGAACUUCUAGGCAAGUACAAAUUCUGCAGAAUCUUACUACAACAUAUGAGAUUGUUCUCUGGCAGCCAGUAACAGCUGAAUUUAUUGCGAAGAAAAAAGAAGUUCAUUUCUUUGUGAAUGACUCUGAUGUAAGUGAGGUGAAAGCUCAUCUAAAUGAGAGCGCAAUUCCAAUCAGAGUCCUGCUGAGUGAUGUUGAAGAUCUUAUUCAGCAGCAGACGGCCAAUGACCUGAUCAGCCCCCGGGCUUCCUCGUCCUACUAUGAGCAGUAUCACUCACUAAAUGAAAUCUAUUCUUGGAUAGAAGUUAUAACUGAGGGGCAUCCCGAAAUGGUUGAAAAAAUCCACAUCGGAUCCUCAUAUGAGAAGCAUCCACUUUAUGUUCUAAAGAUUUCUAGAAAAGAACAAAGAGCCAAAAAUGCCAUGUGGAUUGACUGUGGGAUCCAUGCAAGGGAAUGGAUUUCUCCUGCUUUCUGCUUGUGGUUCGUAGGCCACGUAACGCAACCCUCUGAGAAAGAAACUCUGUAUACCAGUCUUCUGAAUCACAUGGAUUUUUAUGUCAUGCCCCUGAUUAAUGCGGAUGGUUAUGACUACACCUGGAAAAAAAAUCGAAUGUGGAGAAAGAACCGUUCUUCUCAUGAGAACAAUCGCUGCAUUGGAACGGAUCUGAACAGAAACUUUGCCUCCAAGCACUGGUGUGAGGAAGGUGCAUCAAGUUUUUCAUGCUCAGAAACCUACUGCGGUCCGUACCCUGAGUCAGAACCAGAAGUGAAGGCAGUGGCUGAUUUCUUGAGAAGAAAUAUCAAGCACAUUAAAGCUUACGUAAGCAUGCAUUCAUACUCCCAGCAGAUACUGUUCCCAUAUUCCUAUAGCAGAAGCAAAAGCAAAGACCAUGAGGAGCUGUCUCUAGUAGCCAGUGAAGCAGUUCAUGCUAUUGAGAAUAUUCACAGAAAUAUCAAGUAUACACAUGGCAGUGGCUCAGAAAGUUUAUACCUAGCGCCUGGAGGUUCAGAUGACUGGAUUUAUGACUUGGGCAUCAAAUAUUCAUUUACAAUUGAACUUCGAGAUACAGGCAGAUAUGGAUUCUUGCUGCCUGAACGUUUUAUCAAACCAACUUGCACAGAAGCCGUGGUCGCUGUCUCUAAAAUAGUUCGGCACAUCACCAGGAAUGCUUAAUGUCCUUGAUUUUCUCACUCUGCUCCCAUAUUUUAAUUUGCUGAUUCCAGCAAGACCCAAUCAUUGCACCAGUUGCUUUUUAAAGCUUUAUCAGUAGCUUUGAUAAAAGGUUUUGCUCUUCUUUGGUUUUGUCAAAGAACAAAAUAAAUGCUACCUUGAAACUGA